GUAUACCGCCAAAAAAAUCCAUUACAAUUCCAUCCUCCAUUGCAUUUUACUUGAAAUACCGCUGAUCUAUGAUCUAGAAUUGCUUUUAGUCCUCCCCAGAUCGUAUUCAAAAUAAUUUCAAUGCAAAAUUAAUACUAUAUCAUAGCAAGUUAUUUGGCGUUCUUUUUGUAUAUCUUGAAUUACUGAAUGUAUAACAGUUUCGACAAUUGACUUUUUAGCCUCAAUACUGAGGAAACUUGCAUUUGGAUAUUUCACAGCCGUGACCUCCUCCAAGCGUUUCACAUCCGUGAAAACCGUGAGAGUUUUUACUCGCUUUUAGCGAGAGAACUUUAUGAUGUUAAGAAAUAAAAGUAGCACAUAUGAAAAAAAGAUUUUUCAAAUCCACUUGCGUGAAAUUUUGUUUUAUUGCAAGAAAUCAUCUUUCGCCGGGAACAAGACAGUUUUAAGUCUAAUUUAAAUAUUGGCUCAAAUAUCGCAUAAAUUAAAGCUGAGUUUGUGUUUUAAUUUUGGCCAUUCCUAUUUUCCAAAUUGCUUGAUGCCCAUGUAUUUAGAAACGACCAUCUGUGUAUGAAAAGCCAAAAAUACUCUUGUUAUAUGGUAAUGAAAGGUUUAUUAUUAUUAUUUUUGUAUUUGAAAGUGAAAGUGAUGUCAUCGAUUGCGAGCUAUUUCGGGACUUCCCCGAAACACUGCAUCUCUGAUAAACAAUUCCCAGAAUCAGAGAGAAGCAAAUUGUGCUCGUUCUCUUAUUGAAAAGGUAACUCUGAGGAGCAGUUCACUAAAGAAGUGCAGGGAAUGAAGAAGACUCUAUGACCUGAGUAAAAGGCUAAGGUAACUCUGAGGAGCAGUUCACUAAAGAAGUGCAGGGAAUGAAGAAGACUCUAUGACCUGAGUAAAAGGCUAAGGUAACCUAGAAUGUGGCGUGGAUCAAGAGGGCCAGAAAGUGGUUACCGUGCCAGCCGAAGCAGGGGUAACCACAACAACGCAAGCAGGGGUAACCACAACAACGCAAGCAGGGGUAACCACAACAACGCAAGCAGGGGUAACCACAACAACGCAAGCAGGGGUAACCACAACAACGCAAGCAGGGGUAACCUUAGCAACCCAACCAGAGGUAACCGUAGCAACCAAAGCAGGGGAGGACAGUCACAAAAUUCAUUUCGUGGCGGAGCUUGCUACCGGGACGAUCGCUAUAGUAACCAUUAUGUAUCUGACAAUAGAAGAGAAGUGAAGUUAGGCUACAAUGCUUUAUCUCAGAUGCUUUCUGUUGAGCCGGACAAUAUCGUCAUUGACUUGACUUCAGAGCGAGUGACUUCAGCCACAGAAGAGCUCCUUGAGGCAAAAGAAAUGCGUGAUGACUUGUUCUUGCUGGUGUUGAAGGUUUUGUCUCGGGCUUGCAAGAGCGCAGCAAGGUCAAGUCUUCUGAGACUUUUAAAUCUUGUCCAGGCUUCGAGAUUUUUAACUGUUCACUUGUCAGCAUACCUCAACAGCCACUGGGGUAAAAGCCACAUGGAAUGGGAAGGUGUUUUGGAAGCUCUUCAAAACACUGUUGUUUUGUUCUCAGAGAUGCUUAUUCGCCUUCCAAGUUGCUAUGUUUACCUUCCAAUUCCAUCGCUUCAAAAAUGUACUUCCAUCCUUGUGGCUAGUGGUAAAAUACAGAAUAAUGGGAUCGAAGCUGCCGUGGAAGAGCUUGUAAUGUUGAUGAGGGAGAAAAGCGAAGAGCUGAGGAGAAAUGCUGAUCUUCAUCGAGGAAAUAGGCGAGGGUACAACAGUGAUGGUGCUAGCGAUGAUAGCGCCCCCCCAGAGGACUUCCGUCAGAUAAGUGUCAUACCCACCCAGGAUGACAUUUGUAGGACGGAUACUCCAUUCCUGAGGAAAAACAAGGCGACAGGAGGCUUCAGUAACCCUGAACACUACUUGGAUGUGCAGUUCCGUCUGAUGCGAGAGGAUUUUAUCAGACCACUUCGACAAGGCAUACAAGACUUACUACUGCAAUGGGACGCAAAGAAAAAAAAAAUGCAGGACAUUCGUGUCUACCAUAAUGCCCGCCUCCUCUUCCCUGUGUUUAGCGAAAAAGGGAUAUCCUACAAAGUGAGCUUUGAUGUGUCGAGUCUGAAGAGAGUUAACUGGAAGAACAGUAAAAGGCUCAUCUACGGGUCUCUUCUCUGUCUCUCCAAGGACAACUUUGAGUCGUUUAUUUUGGCCACAGUGGAAAACAGGGAUGACAUCGAGCUGGAAGAGGGUUUAAUCGACAUUUCGUUUCACAACCAUGCUGCACACGGGAUCAACCUUACUGACGACUUGUACGAGAUGGUGGAGACUACUGCGUACUUCGAGUCUUAUCGCCACGUGCUCGAAGGACUGAAGGAGAUCGAUCCGCAGUCCAUGCCAUUCCAGAGAUAUAUAGUUCGCUGUGAGAGUGAAGUCGAUGCUCCCGCGUAUCUGCGAAACAGAAUGAUGGAAAAGAUCACGUAUGACUUCGCGCCCAUCUUAGACAAAAGAUACCAGAAGAUGAGACAGCUAAGAACAUUCAAGGAAGUGAGCAUUCUGGAUACUAAUUCUUGGCCAAACGCCCAUGUUCUAAACCUGGACGAGUCCCAGCUCCGUGCUGUCCAGACAGCUUUGACAAAAGAGUUUGCAGUGAUUCAGGGACCCCCCGGAACUGGCAAGACUUACAUUGGUCUCAAGGUCGCCAAGGUUCUUCUUCACAACAAGGAAAAGUGGGAUAGCGGUACAGAACAGCACGAUGACGAAGGUGUGGAAGGCGAGCAGCUGCAGAUGAUCAGAGAAAACCACCAGGCGGAAGUACGACACAGACCAAUCCUUGUGGUGUGCUUUACUAACCACGCGUUGGACCAGUUCCUGGAAGGAAUACACGAGUUUCAUCCUGAGAAUAUUGUCCGUGUAGGUGGAAGAUGCAAAAGUGAAGUUUUAAGCAAGUGCAACUUGAAGGAAAUAAGACGCGACUUGGGGAAAGGAGAUAGAGUGAUUCGCAGGAGGUACUGGGAAGUUAAAGAGGAACAAGAUAUGGUCAGCAAAAUUGUUGAUAGUGCGACGGAGAACCUGAGACGUUGCACUGAAGAAUUGAUCCACGAGGACGAAUUAGUCAAACACGGCCAGAUAUCCACGAGGCAGAAGGAAUCCAUUCGCAAGGAUCACAUGUCCUCAUCGGUGUCUGCGAUGCCAUAUUGGCUGGAAGUGAUGCCUCUUCUUGCUCAAGAACCUUUAAAUGUCCCACCUGUUGGCAUUUUUCCUCUCUGCGAAGCCGCGGGAAAAUGGAACAUGGCUAACGAGAAUGGCAAGCCCGAAGCUUAUUUCAGCCAAAGAACAAAAUACGGCCCAGGAGUUGACGGGCGCCCCAGUGGAUCGGUGGAAAUUCUUGGGAGUAGAGAUAGUUUUGUGGCAAUACAGAAUGGCCGUCAAUGGAUGCUUGAUAUCGAAGAGUCGAUAUCCAUCGCAUUUUACGUCUUUCCAAAUAAUUCUCUUGGUGGGCCGAUUGUUUCCUACGACGGUUCUGCCUCCGACAGAUUUGGAGUGGAAAUAAGCCAGAAGGAGAUGAUCGCCGAUAAGGGGGUUUUAUCGGCUCGAUUCUCAAGUCGAAUCCUUGAUACACUUGAAGUCAGUCUGUCGUAUCCAGUGCUUAAAAUCAACGCCUGGAACUACGUCGUAGCUACUUACAGCUCUAAUACCGGGCUAGCAAGAUUAUGGCAUGAUGGGAAGGUUGUGGGUGAAGCUCUUAUCGGCGAGUACCGACAGCUCGCCACACAAUACCCGCUGCGCGUGGGUUCACUUUCCCACCAUGGAGACAGACCGGUUUUCAAGGGAAGAGUGGCAGGCCUAUACAUCUUCCCUGAAGCAAUAGGCAAAGAUCAGAUCUGGCGCAUUGCCGGCAUCACCCAAGAAGAUAUCGAUGAGGCUAACGAUGAGGCUGAGGAUUUUAGUUACGAGGCAGAUGCAAUGAUGGAGGCCAGAAAGAUCGACGACGACGAUGAUGAUGAUGAUUAUGAUUAUGAAGCGAGACGGAAAAGAAGACUUAAAAACCAGCGCCUAAUCGAAAUCAAAGUUGCAGACACAUCCGAAUGGAAGACAGUGCGUGGGAAGAAUUCGCGUAAGCGGCAUGAUGGGGCUGUGAGAAAAAGGAUGAACUCAAAUGAUGUGAUGACCCAAAAAGAGGCCGAGGCGAUGGAGGAGGCUGACCUGUGGGCGAUACCACUGGACGAGAGGUGGAGGCUGUACCGAUACUGGAUCAGCAACUUACGAAGGCAAUACAAGGAAACUGUUAUUAUGCAUCAAGAUGAGUACGUGGAAGUAAGCCAGAGGUUGAACGAAGCGAGGCGUAUUGAAGACAUAUCCAUCCUCAGGAAAGCGGCAGUCAUCGGCAUGACAACCACGGGUGCAGCAAAGUACCGAGAAGUCCUCCAAGAGAUUAAGCCGCGCAUAAUCAUAGUGGAGGAAGCCGCUGAGGUGCUGGAGGCUCAUAUUGUGACAGCGUUGAGUCCCGGAUGUCAGCACUUGAUUCUGAUUGGCGAUCAUGAGCAGCUACGUCCUAAUCCCACCGUAUACAAACUCGCCAAGGACUACCAUCUAGACAUAUCUCUUUUUGAACGAGUGGUGAACAACAAAAUGCAUCUCGAGUGCCUUCGGAAGCAGCACCGCAUGCGACCAGAGAUCUCGCAGAUGCUACAGCACAUCUACCCAGAUUUGGAGAACCACGAGUCAGUGCUCAACUUCGACAACAUCAAGGGAGUCUCGACAAACAUCUUUUUCAUCGACCAUCAGGAGAGAGAGGAAUUCAUCGAGGAGGGCAGAAGUCGGUCAAACAUUCACGAGGCCAAGUUCGUGGCUGCUCUCUGUCGCUACCUCAUCCUUCAGGGAUAUGAACGCUCUAAAAUCACCGUGCUGACCAUGUACACCGGGCAGCUCCUCCAGCUCAAGAAGGAGAUGCCAAAAGAUUUCUUUAAUGGUGUUCGAGUGUCAGCCGUGGAUAACUUUCAAGGCGAAGAGAACGACAUCAUCCUUCUGUCCCUGGUACGCAGUAACGACGAUGGCAACAUCGGCUUUCUCCGUAUUUCCAACCGAGUGUGCGUAGCGCUGUCCCGUGCAAGGAAGGGUUUCUAUUGCAUCGGAAACAUGGGCCUGAUGGAGGAGAAGGAGGAGCUUUGGAAGAAGAUCCUGGAUGAUUUGCGCCAGAAGAAGAAGGUUGGCCAAAAUUUGGUCCUCGCUUGUCAAAACCACCCAAAGACACUGAUCCAUGCGUCUAAAGACAGUGACUUCAAAGCCGCCCCAGAAGGAGGCUGCAUGGUGCCCUGUGCUACCAGACUCGAAUGUGGCCACGUGUGUGAGAAGGUCUGUCACCCGGGUGAUCCAGAUCACGUUGAGUACGAGUGCAGGAAGCCUUGCCCCAAGAAGCUUUGUGAUCUAGGACAUGACUGCCCUCGCCGAUGCUUCCAGAAAUGUGAGCCGUGCAAAGUGCUUAUAGCUAAGGUAAUUCCAAAAUGCCAGCACGAGCAACAAAUUCCAUGCCACGUUGAGCCCGAAAAAUUCAAGUGCCAAGAACCUUGCCCCAAGACUCUGAAAUGUGGCCAUCAAUGCGCAGCGAAAUGUGGCGAUGAUUGCACGAAAGAAUGUAUGGUUAUGAUCGAGGAGACGCUCCCGUGUGGGCAUAAACACACGCUGAAGUGUCAUGUCGAUCCUACCACUGUCAAAUGCAGAAUCCCUUGUAAUGCCAAGCUGAAAUGCCUUCACACCUGCGCUGGAAACUGCAAUAGCUGCUUGCAACAGCGUGUGCAUGAGCAGUGCAAGUCUAAGUGUGACCGAACCUUGUUUUGCGGUCACAGCUGCCAGGAGCCAUGUACAAAGAACUGUCCUCCUUGUCAAAAGCAGUGCGAAAAUAAGUGUAAGCACAGCAAAUGCAAGAACAGGUGCGGUGAGCCGUGCGUGCCAUGUGCAGAGCCUUGUGCCUGGGAAUGCCGACACUAUAAAUGCAAUAAGCUGUGCGGGGAGAUGUGUGACCGCCCACGAUGCGACAAACCUUGCCUUUAUAAAAUUAAAUGCAAGCACCCCUGCAUCGGGCUGUGCGGUGAGAAGUGCCCUAAGAAAUGCCGCAUCUGCGACAAAGAUGAGGUGACUGCUAUUCUCUUUGGCAACGAGGACGAGCAAGGUGCAAGGUUCAUUCAGCUUGAGGAUUGUCCUCACAUCGUAGAGGUGAAAGCGAUGGAUGAGUGGAUGGACAAGGUUGAAGACACGACUUUCGUGCAGCUCAAAAAAUGUCCCAUCUGCACCGUCCCUAUUAGGAACACCCGUCGCUAUGGCAACAUCGUCAAGAGGGUUCUCCGAGAUUUCGAGACCAUCAAGGGCAAGGUGGCGCUAUCACUGCGCGAAAUUCAGCCUGAGGUGCGAAGACUUGGAGAGGAGUUGCGAAACGUUCGGAGGCUCUCAGAUGACCACCCUUCAUUCCUAGACACAGAUUGGAACAAAAAGUUGGAAAACAAUUUGAAAACAUCGAAAUUGACGGUUAACCAGCUGAACGUGUUCGAAAACCAGAUCAACUUCUUGAGGAGGUUACUUGAGCUUGCAUGCUCCACAUCCAAAGCCUUCCGGGCUGACUCGCUCAAUCGAUUACAGUCAGGCAAGACCUUGAAGAAGCAGGUUCGUCCCCUCGAGCGCCAUAUAAUAGCCGAUCGAUCCUGGAUCAGCGAACAGGAACUCGAGGACAUCGAUGAGGAGAUUCGCCGCUUGGAGCUGUGGUUAUCGCGCAAAAUCCUAAAACACCAAUUGGAAAAGAGAAGGAAAUCUCUACUAAGAGAGGAUAAUGCAUGUAUUUACCUUAUACACAAAGCAUUGAAGUCAGGAGAGCGGAUAGCCCCGUCAGAGCGCAAAGACUUCAUGGACUGGCUGGAUGAGCUUCGCAAGCAGUAUCUGCCAGAUGUCUUCUACGAAUCCGUCACAAAUGAUGAGAAGAGGGAGAUCGUAAAGGCGGUCGGACUAGCUAAGGGGCACUGGUACAAAUGCCCAAAUGGCCAUUUCUACUGCAUCGGGGAAUGCGGUGGAGCCACACAAGAGUCCAACUGCCCUGAGUGUGGGUCACGCAUCGGAGGCACUGGCCACCGUCUGCUUGAAGACAACAGUCUAGCUCCAGAGAUGGAUGGGGCACAGUAUUCGGCCUACGGAGACAUGGCCAACAUGAACAACUUUGACUUGGAUAGGAUUGACAUGGAUUGAUGGGAUGACUUAGAUUAGUCGGGGAGCCAAGUCCGAAAAAGUGCUCUAAUAAACGUGUUUGUUCAACUAGAAUUACACGGCAAAUUCUUACAUAUUCUGAAUGGCAAAUGACCACAGGGGUUAAUUUUGGUUGACUUUGCUUCCUUUUACAUGUAUCUUAUUGAUAUUAAUACAAUGUUAAACAAGGUACUACGUAAGCCUUUGAGCUCAACCUCGAUCAUACUGAAUAGGCAUAGUAGCUUUGACUUAGACGAUCCAUGGAAUAGACAUGACAUACUUGAUAGGGAUCAUGGGGAUUAGGUUCAAAUUUUUUAUACAAAAUGCUUGGUACUCUCCUAGACAUUGAACUCAACUCUGAUCACGUUGAAUAGACAUAGAAUACCUGACUUAAGGUAUUACGUACAAUGUUUAACAAGGUACUGUUUCCUUUGACAAGGAUGCUCUGCAUUGCGAGGAAGUGACGUACACCACAAGCCAAACGGCAAUGUGAACAUCAUUGUAUAUUGACCGUCUUCAUAACUCAAACUAGAAGUUCUGUACUAAAUAAAUCAGUUCUGUAAGUUGACCAAUAGCUGUUUAUAACGUUUUAGUCGUGAACCAGGUUCAUGGGGGAUGUGAUGAAUUUUUUGGUCGUGAUGAUGAUGAUGAUCAAGAGGGGUUGAGAAGGCUGGGGAUUAUGACGUUUUUUUUUUGUUUAUCAAGAUUUAUAUUAUAAAAUAGAAUAUUAUAGGGAGUUUGCUAUUAUAUUACAUGUAUUUCCUUUAUACCUGUUAAUUUUUUUUAUAGACACAAAAUAGCUUUGCCAGUUCGCCGAUGAGGCACUCACGGCGUACCUGUAUGUUACACAAUUAAAUAAAUGUAAAAAAAGAUAUAUAGAUUUAGGCACUGCCUAAAAGCCGAGCCAGCAUUGAAAGAUUGUUUUUUAUGAGAUUAAAAAAAGCAAUUUUUGCUGCCAUGUUAUUAUGAAUUGUAUUGGCCCCUCCAAAUGGAUUAAGCAAGCACUCAUUUAAUAAUAUUAAAUAUGCAGUAUGAAAGUACUAAUCCUAAUGUAAAAAAGGCUGUCAAAGUUCAAGGUGCCUUAGUUGAUGCCAAUGUUUUUCAAGAGUCUAAUGGUCAAUUCUUAUUUGUUCCACUAUGCAUAUUUUUCAUCAAAACAGCAUAAUAACAAUCUUUGACCUUGUAAAGAAUAUAUUAAGGAUGUAACAGCAUUUCAAAGAUUUAGAUGCCAUUCUGUAGUUUCCAUGUACUGCAACUGAUUAUUCAGAAGAAUGUGUUGAAAUUAAUACAUAUUAGUGCACCCA